AUGGCGGCGGAGAUUCACUCGCGGCCGCAGAGCAGCCGCCCGGCCCUACUCAACAAGAUUGAGGGCCACCAGGACGCCGUCACCGCGGCGCUCCUCAUCCCCAAGGAGGAUGGCGUGAUCACGGCCAGCGAGGACAGAACAAUCCGGGUAUGGCUGAAACGAGACAGUGGUCAGUACUGGCCCAGCAUUUAUCACACAAUGGCAUCUCCUUGUUCAACAAUGGCUUACCAUCAUGAUAGCAGAAGGAUAUUUGUGGGCCAGGAUAAUGGAGCCAUAAUGGAAUUUCAUGUCUCUGAAGAUUUUAAUAAGAUGAACUUUAUUAAGACAUACCCAGCUCAUCAGAACCGGGUGUCUGCAGUUGUCUUCUGUUUGGGAGCAGAAUGGGUUAUCAGCACAGGUCAUGACAAGUGUGUCAGCUGGAUGUGUACCAGGAGUGGGAAUAUGCUUGGGAAACACUUCUUCACUUCCUGGGCUUCAUGCUUACAAUUUGACUUAGAUACUCAACAUGCCUUUGUUGGAGACUAUUCUGGGCAGAUCACACUCCUAAAGCUUGAACAGAACACCUGUUCAAUUAUUACAACCCUUAAAGGACAUGAAGGCAGCGUUGCUUCACUGUGGUGGGAUCCCAUUCAGCGGUUACUCUUCUCUGGAGCAUCUGACAACAGCAUCAUCAUGUGGGACAUUGGGGGAAGAAAAGGCCGGAUGCUAUUGCUUCAGGGACAUCAUGACCGGGUGCAGUCUCUUUGCUACCUUUCCCUCACAAGACAGCUGGUUUCUUGUUCAUCUGACGGGGGCAUUGCCGUUUGGAAUAUGGAUGUCCGGAGAGAGGAGGCUCCUCAGUGGUUAGAAAGUGAUUCUUGUCAAAAAUGUGAACAACCCUUUUUUUGGAACAUAAAGCAGAUGUGGGACACAAAGACGUUGGGCUUACGACAGCAUCACUGUAGGAAGUGUGGGCAAGCAGUAUGUGGAAAGUGCAGCACCAGGCGUUCCACGUACCCAGUCAUGGGCUUCGAGUUCCAGGUCCGCAUGUGCGACUCUUGCUAUGACUCCAUCAAAGAUGAAGAUCGCACUUCUCUGGCAACCUUUCAUGAAGGAAAACAUAACAUUUCUCACAUGUCUAUGGAUGUUGCUAGGGGCCUAAUGGUGACCUGUGGGACUGAUCGUGUUGUAAAGAUAUGGGACAUGACUCCUGUAGUUGGUUGUAGUCUUGCAACUGGAUUCUCCUCCCGCUGACCUGGGACCUGGGCUGUUUAUG